AUGCACAAUAAUGUAAAGUUGAAAAUAGGACUAUGGAACGCGAGAAGCAUAGGAAACAAAAUAGACGAGCUAAAAGAAAAAAUCAACAAUUAUGAUAUCAUGCUAAUUACAGAAACUUGGAUAAUAGACUAUACCAAUUAUCAAAUACAAGGUUACCAGUUAAUAAACAAUGGAAACGAUUUCAAUACAGUGAGAAUAGGUAAUAAAACGUACCAACAAGGAUGCGGAUUAGGUAUAUACUAUAAAGAGGACAUUAAUUUAAAGAAAAUUAAAUCACAUAAAGUAGAUAAAAAGUUCGAGACACUCGUGGUGGAGGUAUUAGAUUCCAACCAAAAAGGAAAGUUCCAACUAGGACUAAUUUACAGAACGAACGGAAAUAAAGUAAAUAGAACAAGUAGGCUCUAUAAACCACAUAAAAUAGAUUGGAAAGAAUUUAGGAUUCACCUGGCAAACAAAAAAGAAGAAAUAAAUAAUAGUAUACAACAAGGACACAACUUGGCAGAAAAGUACAACAAUUGGAAACAACCAAUAAUUGAAUAUUUUGAGGUAAGAAAUACAGAUUCUCAACACACUCAACAAUACAGACACAACAAGACAACACGGAACACCAAUCCACGUCCAAAAAAUAAUAGAACCAACAUACAACGCAAAACUCAACCUAGGUGGUGGGAUGAAGAAUGCACCUCUACAUGGUCAAUAUGGAAGAAAUACCAAAAAGAUCUUUGGAAACAUGGAAGAAUCGAGGAUUAUGAAAACAUGAUGGGAUGGAAGACCAGAUGGAAGAUUCUGAAGAGGGAAAAGAAGAGAACCGCCUGGGAAAAUCUGAUACAGGAAAUGAAUAACAAUACAAAUAUAACAAAAAUAUGGAAUAAAAUAAGAGGGAUUAAAAAACGUUAUACAGAAAACAUCGAUAAUUUAGAAACAAAGGUAAGGAAAGAUCUAGAAGAUAUAGAAAUAAACAAAAUUAUUGAUAACAAUGAAACCAUGACAUCCAUCACAACCCAUACAGCACCAAUACCACAGGAAGAAGAUAAUAACCACACCAGAAUCUGGAACAUAUCAAUAGACAAAAUAGAGAUGCUCCAAACAAUAGAAAAAAAUAGGAACAAAAAGUCAGCACCAGGAGUGGAUGGUAUAGACUACAAAAUAAUUGCAGAACUGCCUCUCUAUAUGAAGGACCACCUACACAAAAUAUAUGAAGAAAGCUGGAAUACAGGGGAAAUCCCUCCAGACUGGAGAAGGGGGGAAAUAAUUAUGCUACAGAAACCAGGAAAAAAAGCCUUCCGCCCAAUCACCCUCACAUCGUGCGUAGGUAAGACUUUAGAGAGGAUCAUUAACAAUAGAUUACAGCUUUGGCUAGAAGAAAAUCAAAAACUAGAGAAUAACCAGGCAGGUUUCAGAAAAAAUAAAUCAACAAUGGACAAUUUAAUACGUAUAACAAAUGAAAUCAAGCACAAUAACAGGGAAAAAGCAAACACAGUAGGAAUCUUCAUAGACAUCAAAGGAGCAUACGACAACGUAAAUUUGGUUAAACUAUUACACGUUUUAAGAAUGAUAAACUGCCCGUCAACUAUGUAUAACUGGAUAAGAAAUUGGCUCAACAAUAGGAAGGUAACUUUUAACCAUUGUACUCAAGGUAUAAAAGAAAUAGACUGGAAAAAAGGAGUCCCGCAAGGGGCUAUACUUAGUCCGACUCUAUUUAAUAUUUAUAUAAACGGCUUACAGAAGAAAAUAGACGAUGAACGAACUUUCACACUACUUUACGCAGAUGACAUAGUUAUAGUAAACAAGUACAAAAAGGAUGAGACAUCAUUACACCCAUCGGAAAUAGCAUUGAGAAGACUAGUAGAACAUUUGGAAAUCAGGGACCUAACAAUAGCGCCAGAAAAAACAAAGGUAGUCAGAUUUCAAACAAAUCCUAAAUUAGAAGAGUUUUCGAUCAACGUGGUAAUAAACAAUAAAAAGACAGCUAUAAACUCCAGCCCAGAGGCGAAAUUCCUAGGGAUUACGCUUGACUAUAAUUUACGUUUCAGAACACAUUUUGACGAUAUCAUAUACAAGGCAAAAAAACGUUUGGGAAUCAUCCAAUUUCUAUGCAGAGGACAGAGAGGCAUAAAUCAAAAUUGGGGAAUAAAGAUCACCCGAGCUCUUAUUUCCUCGGUGGUGGAUUAUGGAGCCUAUAUAAUAUACACUAAAGAAGGGAACUUAGAACAGAACAAGAAAAUUAGAAAAAUAGAAUCAGCAGCACUAAGAGCAGCUAUAGGAUACAGAAUGUCUACUCCAAUAGCUGUAAUGUAUGCAGAUACAGGUUUCAUAGGACAUCAUUUAAGAGCUAAACAGGCCGCAAUCAGAUACUGGCUUAGAGAAAUGGAAAAAACCGAAACAAACAGCAAAACAUUGGAUAACCAGCUAAAAUACUUUUCGAUUCACAACGACACAGACCAUUUAACACAAUGGGAAAAAGGUAUAGGAACUAAACCCAACUUAAUAGAAACAUCUUUUUAUGAAAUAGCCCAACUAAAAAACAGAAUACUAUCCACCAACCAUGCACUGGAAAGCAGCUUUAAUUGGAAAGAGAAGAUAUUAAACAAAAGGAAGAAUUUAAAAAAAAUAUACAUAGACAAGGACACAGGAAAAACUCUCGAAACUGGAGCAAUCCCUCUCAGCACAAUAAACCAAUUUCUAAUGGAUAAACAUAAUGUCAAAAAAGAAGAUACAGUUAUAUGUUACACAGACGGGUCAAAACAAGAAAACAAAAUCGCAAAUGGUAUAGGAAUCUAUAUCAAUCUACCACAAGGAACUUCUAUGGAAACAGGAUACAGCAUUCAUAAAGAAGCAACAAUCUACACUACAGAAGCCAUAGGUAUUUUUAAAGCCAUAGAGUUAACCAAACACACGAACUGCAAAAAUACUUUAAUAUUAACCGACUCUUUAUCAGCACUUACAGGUCUUGAAAGUAAAAUAGAAAAACUCGAUGAUACGGACAAAAAUAACAACAACGCAUGGAUUCUAAAGAUCUACAAAACACUUAUAAACCAAAAAGAUAGAGAAAAGAUAGUACUGAUCUGGGUCCCAGGACACCAGGGAAUUCCGGGAAACGAAAAAGCGGACUCCCUCGCAAAGGAAUACACCAAUAAGGUACCAGAAGAAGAUAUACCGAUCACGAGACUGGACUAUCUGGUACAAUAUAAACAUACAAUCUGGAGUGCCUUUAGCGAUAGAGUAGAAGAAAUUGGUAGAAGCAAAGGAGCAUAUUACUUUUCAAAUUUUUGGGAACAUAAGAAAAAAGUUAAAUUCAAACCGUGGUUUCAAAAAUUCGGUAAUAUAUUAGAUAGGCAUGCUAUUAGGUCAAUCUCGAGGAUAAGGUCAAACCAUUAUAACUUGAAAGAAUCACUAGGCAGGAAAGGCAUAAUAGAUGACCAAAUAUGUGAUUGUAAAAUGGAAGAGGAAUCGGUAGAUCAUGUCCUCUUCAGAUGUCCUUUCAGAACUAUUCCGCGUUUAAAAAUGUUUGAUAAAAUAGGUACCUUAAUAAAUAACUGCAAUUAUAACGUAGCGCAAAUAAUAAGUAGCGAAAAGAUCUCAGCCUUAAAAGAAAUAAUAGCGUUCUUAAAAGAAGCAAAUAUUGAAUUAUGA